CCCGGGACCUGCUGCUGCUGCUGCUGACUUCCGCGAGCUGGAGCCGGACUCCAGCAAGUUGGGGACGCCCGGAACAAUGGACAACUUCUUUCCCGAGGGAGCCCGGGUCUGGCUGCGAGAAAACGGACAGCAUUUUCCCAGCACUGUGGAUUCCUGUGCCGAGGGCGUGGUCGUCUUCCGCACGGAUUAUGGUCAGGUCUUCACCUAUAAGCAGAGCACAAUCACGCACCAGAAGGUGACCGCCAUGCACCCGGCGAACGAGGCGGGCGUGGACGACAUGGCGACUCUGACCGAGCUCCACGCAGGCUCCAUAAUGUACAACUUGUUCCAGAGAUACAGGAGGAAUCAGAUAUACACCUACAUCGGCUCCAUCAUCGCCUCCGUGAACCCCUACAAGCCACUCCCGGGCCUGUACGAGCGUGCCACCAUGGAGCAGUACAGCCGGCACCACUUGGGGGACAUCCCGCCCCACAUCUUCGCCGUGGCCAACGAGUGCUACCGCUGCCUCUGGAAGCGGCAGGACAGCCAGUGCAUCCUCAUCAGCGGCGAGAGCGGGGCUGGGAAAACAGAAAGCACCAAGCUCAUCCUCAAGUUCCUCUCGGUCACCAGCCAGCAGUCUGUGGAGUCGUCCUCGCAGGAGACGACGUCGUGCGUGGAGCGAGCGAUUCUGGAGAGCAGCCCCAUCAUGGAAGCCUUCGGCAACGCCAAGACCGUGUACAACAGCAACUCCAGCCGCUUCGGGAAGUUCAUUCAGCUGAGCAUCUGCCAGAAGGGGAAUAUUCAGGGCGGGAGAAUCGUAGAUUCUCUGGGCAGGUCUGCGGAGUUACUUGGGCUGGACUCAACGCAGCUCACGGAUGCACUGACCCAGAGAUCGAUGGUCCUCAGGGGGGAGGAGAUCCUCACGCCGCUCAGCGUCCAGCAGGCGGUGGACAGCAGGGACUCCUUGGCGAUGGCACUUUACGCACGCUGCUUCGAGUGGCUGAUCAAGAGGAUCAACAGCAGGAUCAAAGGCAAAGAGGACUUCAAGUCCAUCGGCAUUCUUGACAUCUUCGGAUUUGAAAACUUCGAGGUGAAUCACUUUGAGCAGUUCAAUAUCAACUAUGCAAACGAGAAGCUUCAGGAAUAUUUCAACAAGCACAUUUUUUCUUUAGAACAACUAGAGUACAGCAGGGAAGGCCUGGUGUGGGAAGACAUCGACUGGUUCGACAAUGGGGAGUGCCUGGACUUGAUUGAGAAGAAACUGGGCCUCCUGGCUCUCAUCAAUGAAGAAAGCCAUUUCCCACAAGCCACCGACAGCACCUUACUGGAGAAGCUACACAAUCAGCAUGCCAACAACCACUUUUACGUGAAGCCCAGAGUUGCCGUGCACAGUUUUGGAGUGAAACACUAUGCUGGAGAGGUGCACUACGAUGCCCAGGGGAUCCUGGAGAAGAACAGAGACACCUUUAGAGAAGACCUUCUCAACCUGCUGCGAGAGAGCCGGCAAGUCACGUUCCUUUAA